UAAGCAGUAAAUGCAUCUUAUUUGUAUAUGCUUAGUGCAAAAUCGUGUAAAAUACUAAAUGUAUGAGCGAUGUUUUGGAUCUUCGGGGCCCCCUAGGACUCAAAGUUAAUGGAAAUCUCAUCUAGAUAUUGGCAAAAUUAUUUAUGCCUCAAUGUUAAAGGCAGACCAUCAAAUCUAUCUUAAAUAUUUCACUUUCAUUUGUGAAGAUAAAUUCAACUGUUGCAGGCAAAGGUUUGGAGAAGGAUUCCACUUUUGCCUAAAAUUUCGUCCACGAAUGGACGUCAAAAAGCAGCGUGCUCACCACUUACUAUGGAGUUUAUCACCACUCACAAAUACUACAGCCCAUGGUUUGAAAGUUUUAUCGCUAUUUCCUGGAUCUUUGAUCAAAUAUAUUUUUAAUUUCGCACUAGAACAACAACGAAAAAAGUUUGUGGAGCCUGAUGAGGCCCCGCGCUAAAACAAGCCCAGUUUGUUUGGGUGUUUGAAGAAUGUGAAGUGUAUAGGAUAAUUCUUGUCUUCAGUUUGCAAAAAGUCAAAAGUUUUGCUGAAAAAAGCGACCGUAUGCAGACCGGAGACGCCGCAAGAAAUAAACAACUUUCUGUUGGAGCUUCUCUCGUCAAGUUACCUGCCUGGCAGGUAACAAAGCAACGCACCUGUGACCAGAGAAGCGGAGAUUGUCCAUGUGCGUGGGAUGUGGUUCUCAGAUUCAUGACCAAUUUAUUUUACGAGUGGCCCCGGAUCUAGAGUGGCAUGCAUCGUGUUUAAAAUGUGCUGAUUGCAACCAAUUCUUGGAUGAAAGUUGCACGUGCUUUGUCCGGGAAGGCAAAACAUACUGUCGGAAAGACUAUGUCAGGAACUUUGGAGCAAAAUGUUCAAAAUGUAAUAUGUCAUUCGGUAAAAGCGACUUUGUGAUGAGAGCGCGGGAAAAUGUGUAUCAUAUAGACUGCUUCCGGUGUGUAGCUUGCAGUAGACAGUUAAUUCCUGGCGACGAAUUCGCCUUAAAAGACGAUGAACUGUUUUGCAAAGCAGAUCACGAUGUAGUAGAACGAUCCUCACCAACAAAAGAAAACGGAAACGGAAGUAGUGCCGAAGAAGACAGUCCCAAAUCGUCAAAAAUCCGGAAACUGAGCAACAGCAAUAACGACGACAACAAUAAUAAUAGUGACAUUCAAAAAGGAGGAUUACAUCUGGCGGGCCGGGUAGAACAAGUCUCGACGAAAUCUAACGGCAUGCGGGGUCAUCUACACAAAUCGGAACAAAAGCCCACCCGGGUUCGAACAGUACUUAACGAAAAACAGCUGCACACCCUGCGAACAUGUUACAAUGCUAACCCCCGACCGGACGCCCUCAUGAAAGAACAGUUAGUAGAAAUGACUGGGCUAAGCCCGAGGGUGAUACGAGUGUGGUUUCAAAACAAGCGUUGUAAGGAUAAAAAACGAAGCAUCAUGAUGAAGCAGAUCCAGCAGCAGCAACAGGAAAAGAAUGGAGGAAGAUUACACGGUCCGCUCCAGGGAGUCCCGAUGGUGGCCUCCAGCCCCGUGCGACACGAAAGCCCGAUGCAAGCCAAUCCAGUCGAGGUCCAAAGUUACCAGCCGCCCUGGAAAGCACUCAGCGAGUUUGCAAUGCAGAGCGAAUUAGAGCAUCCACCAUUUCAACAACUGAUGAAUUCCUUUGAUACCAUAGACUCCGACGACACCUCAUCCUACCAUAACGACGGAUACACAGAGACCUACGGUCACGCAUGGAUAAACGGAGAUCUCGACGGAAACUGUUCCGAUUCAGACUUUCCCGGAACACCUUCGGAAAUGUCGAGUCCGCUCAGCCAAUAAUAUUACAGAAAUUUGAUGUUUAAAUUGAUGGAGAAACUGUGACAAUUCCUCAGAAUUCCAAAUUACACAAAAACAAUCCAGACGAAAUACACGGAGGCUUGAGUCUCAUUCAGGGAAAGACUGCUUAUUUUGUAAUGUCGGAUCAUGUGAUGUGACACGUGUUUCCCGCCAUUUUUACACUACUGAAUAUCUAUGCUCAGAGAUUUUUUUGUAAUUCUAGAUGUUGUGACUACUUGUGUGCGCUUUCGUAUCAAACUUUGUAAAUAAACAGAAAAUAAACACAAUUUAAGUUCAAUGUAGCAGUACAAGCAGCAUAACCUAUUUUACGACAACCGAAUACCUGCUUUAUUUCAUUACAUGUAUACAUGUGACGCAAACUUCCUGUCGGAUUAUUAACUCACUCACCCCCGUUACAGGGGUCAAGCGUUAGUUAUACAAAGACCUUUAGCUGUACAGGUAUAUAAACUGUAUUUCAGAUUUUUAUUUAUUAUCAUUAUUUAUUUAUUAAACAAUGCAUGUAACAUAA